AUGCAAUCGAACACGCCGGUUCGAGUCCCGGGCAAAAGCGGAUCCCUCGGCAGUGCAAGGCGUGAGGCAAACACGGGAACAGGCACAGGGGCUACCAAAGACAUGGGGAAGAUGCUCGGUGGGGAUGAGGAAAAAGACCCAGAUGCUGCCAAGAAGGAAGAGGAACGACAGGAAGCACUCAGGCAAGCAGAGGAAGAGAGAAAAGCCAAAUAUGCCAAGAUGGAGGCUGAGAGAGAAGUUAUGAGACAAGGGAUUCGAGACAAGUAUGGGAUAAAGAAGAAAGAAGAGAAGGAGGCAGAGGCCCAGGCUUCACUGGAAGCUAAUGCUGAAGGGAGUCUGACACGCCCAAAGAAGGCAAUCCCUCCUGGCUGUGGGGAUGAGGAGGAGGAGGAAGACGAGAGCAUUCUAAACACAGUCAUCAAAUACCUACCGGGGCCCCUGCAGGACAUGCUCAAGAAGUAA